AAAGGAGGAAAAAAAAAACGGCCGAGGAGGGAGAGCCGGGUGUACGCAGAGCCCGCAGGAUUCGCUCCAGCCCUGUCCCCUUCCCGCUGAGCUCAGGGCGAGCGUCCCUCAGCCUAAGAAAUAUUAUGGUUGGUGAAUAAAAGAACCUUCCCUUGCCUGCUGUGCACCAAGAAAGUCUGCUGGAAAAUUCUGACCUUGCAGCACGGCAGUUGACUCCCAUUUCUUGUGUGGCUACAAAACUGGGAAAUGGCCUCCGUGUCAGGCACUUUUGUGAGCCGAAGCAUACCGGUGGAAGUGGAUGAAUCCAUGUUGUUUUCCCCAUUUCCUGAACCUGCCCUGGAAGAGGCUUCACAGCCUUCUGUAGAGAAUGUGGAGGAUGAGGAGUGCCAGAGACCACGUGCCAAUCCAGCACAUCUCUGCAAAGCACUGGCACAUCACCAGCUGGCCAUGGAGCCGGACAGCAGGCCGUGGUCGGAAUGUACCAAUCCCGAUGAAUGUGGGCGUUUCUGUUCCCCCGGUGAAUCAAUACUGGAAGUAGUUCAUUCCAAGAUGCAUCUUUUAACUAUGGACAAAUCAGGCAUGCAGCCAGGACCACUGCUUUCAGCUGAUACCAACUCCAGUAAGUCAGAGCAGAACUUGCAUGAUGCUCCUGAGGACUCAUUGGAGGAGAACAACAAAGGGAGUUCAUGGCCACAGCAGCCUUCAGGAAACAAACUCCCAGCAGAGCUGGCAACUGAGGACACGGGUUACAACUCCCAGUCCCAAGACAUCAUGGGUGUCAGGCACCUGGAGCUCCCCUUGCCACUUGUGUCCAUGGUGAACCCCCAGGACCUCCCAGGACCACUGAUCUCCAGAGAGUUUUUUGGACCUGAGCCUCAGCAGCAUCCCAGGUGCCAGCAUUUGCCCCAUCCCAACCCCUCUGCGCAAGCCUAUGGCUUCUGUGGGUACAACUAUCUGGCAGAGCAGCACCUGCAUGGCCCAUAUGGCAGAGCUCCUCACCAGAAUUUUGCACAUACAUCGCAACCUCUCCCUCCUGUUCCUGGACCCUGCAUGAGAGUUAUCCGCCCAGCCCAGCAAGUCAUCCCCAAUUACUCCAACCUUCGUGCUCCCAAGGGCACCGCCGAGCGACCUCCCCAGAGGCUGUGCUCCUCCCCUGGUCCUCCUCGAUUCCCAAACCAGUUGUACAACCAGGUACCUAAUGGCCAGCUGCCCCAAAAGGCAUGUGGCCCAGAUGAAGCAUGUUGUUGUCCAUCUGACAAUUUUCCAUCUCCAGCUGCUGUCCCAAGGCCUCUCAGUAACCCUGCAGCCAAGGGAACUCUGAGAACCAGCAAUUUGCCGGAAGAGUUGCGCAAGGUCUUUAUAACCUAUUCCGUGGACACAGCGGUGGAGGUCAUGAAAUUUGUGAACUUCCUGCUUGUAAAUGGAUUUCAAACUGCUAUCGAUAUAUUUGAGGACACAGUACGAGGUAUUGACAUCAUAAAGUGGAUGGAACGCUACCUAGGUGAUAAGACGGUGAUGAUAAUCAUAGCAAUCAGUCCAAAAUACAAACAGGAUGUGGAAGGGGCUGAGUCCCAGCUGGACAGGGAUGAACACGGCUUACAUACUAAAUACAUCCACAGGAUGAUGCAGAUUGAGUUCAUACAACAAGGGAGCAUGAACUUCAGAUUCAUCCCUGUGCUUUUCCCAAAUGCCAAAAAGUACCGUUGUAGCUGGCAGUGGGAAAGAGCAGGGAAGCAGUUUGGGAGGUUUCAUUUGGGGACGUGGAUACUAGCUGAGUUAAUCUCAUCUGAAGUACAUCAUAAAGCACUGAUGGAGCACGUGCCUACCUGGUUGCAGAACACUCACAUUUAUACCUGGCCAAAGAACAAGAAGAACAUCCUCCUGCGGCUACUGAGAGAGGAGGAAUAUGUUGCUCCUCCAAUAGGACCUUUACCAACACUCCAGGUUGUGCCACUAUGAACAUAAUCUCUUAAAGUGCACGAGAAGCAGUUGUUAAAGGGUUGCUUUUGGCAGGGAGCCAGCACUCUUCCAGAUGGCUCUUUCUGAUGACAGAAGACACUGCUUCUGCUUAAGGAAUUGGUUAUCUUGGGUAGCUCAGGCUCAGCUUGUUCUCCACCACGUUAAACAUCUAUUUCUGAAACUGAUGGGGCAGAACUCUUUUCUCCUAGGUUUUUAAAAAAGCUGCAAAUGGAAUGAAUGCCCAACUUAUCUUAACAUCUGUUUUUAACAAAUCCCUUUAUUAGUCGAUACAGCAAACAAAUACCAGAAAUAAUGUUGCAAUAAAUGUAAAAUAAAAAUUACAUCCGCCUUUUUGCUCAGGUAUUCUUUAUAGAUAUCCCUGCCUUGUACAGCAUUAUCAGAUAGUUAAUUUGUACAUGCACUAUUAAACAUAUUUGCCUUUUGUAAGGCUAUUUUAUA